CGAACUAAAAAAACAAAACAAAACAAAACGCAUAUAUAGGAGCGGCGCAUGAAAAUUGCAAGGGUUGGCACAAGUAUUGUAUUUCAGCAUUUGUAAGUGACGAUAUUAGUGGCAAAAAAAAAAAAAAAGAUUGUGGAAGGAAGCCAUUAACUAAGAAGAAGAAACGUGAACCAAUCCUCGUGGAAAAGCACAAAACAAAAGGCUUUGGCCUUAUCGGUUACGUCUUCGUCAAUCCCAUGUAACUACGUCGUCGUCUGCGUCAUAUGCUGGUCUCCGUUUCCUCGUUUUCUUCCCCCACUGACGAAUUCGUUAUAUAUAGACAUUGCAGAGAUGUAUAUAUAGGCGAUUUCAUGCGGGUCUGUAAGGCGAGAGGCAAGAUGAAGUGGAACGACCAUCACACGAAUACGAACCGACGUUUCCUGGGUAAAACGACGUCGCAGCGGGGAAAGAGCAUCGCCAAGGCUACCGUCUUCUUCAUCUCCUCGCUGUUCGUAUUGGCUGGUCUCUUUGACUUCUUGGGUUGCCUUGACUUCACAACUUUUGCAGGUUUCACGCGAAGAAACACCAGCAAAACGACGAACACAAUUCGAGAAUUCCCUCACAAAUGCGACGUCGUAGCGAACCAAACACGGGAUAUUCCCAUGCCAGAGAAAACCAAUCGCAGCCGUCGAUCAAGCGCCACGUGUCCAUCGUACUUCCGUUGGAUCCACGAGGAUCUACGGCCGUGGAAAGAGACGGGAAUCACCAGAGACAUGAUCGAACGGGCGAAGAAGACGGCGCAUGUCAGGGUGGUGAUCCUCGACGGUAAGGUGUACGUUAAAAAGUACAGGAAAGCCAUUCAGACCAGAGACGUUUUUACGCUGUGGGGCAUCCUACAGCUGAUACGGUGGUACCCCGGUAGAUUGCCAGAUCUCGAACUCAUGUUUGACUGCAACGACCGCCCCACCGUCCGAUCUAAUGACUUCAAGGGUCAACCCGCGGGCCCACCUCCUCUCUUCCGCUACUGCUCGGACGACGCCAGCUUGGACAUCGUCUUCCCCGAUUGGUCCUUCUGGGGCUGGGCCGAGGUGAAUAUAAAGCCGUGGGGAAAAUCGCUCGAGGCCCUAAAAGAAGGGAACAAGAUGACGCAAUGGAAGGAUAGGACACCAUACGCCUAUUGGAGAGGGAACCCUCACGUGGACCCCACCCGACGAGAUCUUCUUCGGUGUAAUGUCUCCGACCGGGAGGAUUGGAACACCCGUCUCUAUAUUCAGGAUUGGGAUAAAGAAACCAAAGAAGGAUUCAAGAGCUCAAACUUAGAGAACCAAUGCACCCACAGAUACAAGAUAUACAUAGAAGGAUGGGCAUGGUCCGUGAGCGAGAAAUACAUCAUGGCAUGUGACUCCAUGACGUUGUACGUUAGGCCGCGCUUUUACGAUUUCUACAUAAGAGGGAUGAUGCCUUUGCAACACUAUUGGCCCAUCCGUGACAACUCCAAGUGCACCUCUCUCAAAUUCGCCGUCCAUUGGGGCAAUAACCACAUCGACAAGGCGCGUGGGAUAGCCGAGGCAGGGAGUAGAUUCAUACGAGAGGAUGUGAAAAUGGAGUUGGUAUACGAUUACAUGUUCCAUUUGCUGAACGAGUACGGGAAGCUGCUGAAGUUCAGACCGGAGAUUCCACGUGGAGCGACGGAGAUUACGCCGGAAAACAUGGGAUGUCCGGCGACGGGACGGUGGAAGGAUUUCAUGGCGGAAUCAAUGGUGAUGUCUCCGAGCGAGCGGUAUCCUUGUGGUCUGCCUCCUCCGUAUGACCCUCUGGUUCUAAAAGAGGUUCUCGACACAAAGAUUAACAUUACCCGACAAGUUGAGGCUUGGGAGGAUGAGUAUUGGCGUGAUAUCAACAAGAAGAAUUGAUUUUUUUUUUAAAACAUAUAUAUAU